AUGUCACUUCUCCACUUUCGCAAAAGCACAAUACCACCCGUGUUCGCUCCCGCGGCAACAAAAAAGGACACACCCGCCAUCCCGGACCCUCAGGUGUUCACCAUCACGACGCUGCAACCGGCGGUGUCAGGACUACCCACGGUUUCCCAGUGUGCCGUGCACUUGGAAUUGCUCGAGGCCUUUGCACGGUUGCGCCAUCGGGUGUAUAAAGAAGAGGCCUUCUCCGAAAUAUUCGGGGAGGACCCGGAGAAGAAUCUGUGGUGGAGAGCUGUGGUUGAGGUUGCUGUCGGCCGGUUCGGGAUAUGGUGGAAAGCUGUGAGUGAGGAAUUGGCGAUCCGGGAGGAAGGUGAAGCAGGGGUGGCGAAUAACGGCAGUGGCCUGAAGUUGUUGCCGAGAGAUUUGUUACCCCCGUUGGACGUGCUGAUGGUUUGGCACUCCUACAUGCUCAAUCCACGGAGGUACAAUGAGGAUUGUAUAUGGUUCGAAAUGAGCGCGAUGAUGAAUGUUGCUUUUCCUUAUGAACAUGUUGUACGCAUGCCCGCGGUCCCGUUUAAAGAGUAGCCGGCUAAUAGCGAGCAGCACGAAGCCAUCGACGACGAUAAAUGGGAUUACAAACUCUCUGGGCAUGCCACGCGGUAUUGGGAGAGGGUCAGUUCUCAAGCGCCUCACAUUCUCGAGGAAAUUCUGUGGAAAUCCCCGCCGAAAAGGCUCAUAAGGUGUCCGGCGUGCGCGAAAGAGAUUGACGUCCUCAUCUGCGAAGUCGAGCCCGAGAACCGGAAACGCGGAUGGAUCAGCGAAGAAUUCGCAGUUGAUUGUGAAGGCUGUGGGGUGGGCAUAACUAUGGAAUCACUAUGCGCUGAGAAAUUCCGAAAGGAUAUCAAAUCACUCAUAGAGGGUGGGGAAGGUUCCCGGAUGAGGUUGGCCCCGUGACACCAAACCCGAAUGAUAGGAAUCAAUGCUAACAGCCCCAGAAUCACAUCCCUCGACCUCCAGGGCGCAACCUAUCUCCACCCCUCUUCGCCCACAUCGUUUGACGUCCUCAAUUCCCUAAACAACCUCAUCUGCACAACUUUCCCAGAACCCCCAACCCUCCAAUCCCACCCCACCUUAACCUCAAUAAUCACCGCGUUAGGCACACACCCCGUCCUCCCACUCUUGCAAUCCUGUUAUGCCGAAACCCCAACCCCCUACUCUCUAAAUCUCUCCCUUGCCGUCCUCCGCCAAGGUUCCUUCGUGGACAAAAUGCACCACCAGCUCUGGAUCCGCUCCCCAGCACUCAUGGGUCGCUUGCCUCUAGAUAGCAUCCCGCUCGUCCGCGCGCGUCCCGAAACCCGCAGCGUAGUGCUAAUUAACCCCCCGGACACCUCCGGUUUCCUCCAACGCGCAGUAAGUAGAUACGAGUCUUACUUUGCGCUCUUCAAACUCCACCCCGGGAAAAUCCUGGUCCCGACCAUCGACGUGGACCUGGUCUGGCACACUGCCAUGCUCACGCCCCUCGCUUACCGCGAGUAUUGCAAGAAUGUGGCGGGGAGGUUCAUCGAUCAUAAUGACAAGCUCUCUGACGAUAUACUGGACGAUGGGGUCGAGUAUACUAGCACCGCGUUCGAGGAGGCUACUGGCGGGGAGGAGUACAGGAAGUGUUUGUGUUGGCAUUGUGAGACCGCGUUGAACGAGGGGGUGAAGCCCGGGGGUGGGAAAGAGGAGAGGUGGAAAGUUUGGAAGAAGGCCUCGGGAGAUGGCAAGGAGAGGUGGAAAGUUUGGAAGAAGGCCUCAGGAGAUAGCAAAGAGAGGUUGGUUAGGGUUAGAGUAGAGUAUUAUCGGGAGGUGGAGAAGAGGAGGAGGGAUGGGAUGGGGGGGCUGGAGAGGGAGGGGUUAUUUGCCGCUAUGAAGAGGAAGUGA